AUGUCUCGUCAUAUGCAGACCCGUGUUUUCCUACCUGCUUCUAUCCUCAAUUAUAUUCCUGAUGGAGCUGAACCCCGGAUCGACAUUAACCUCCUCCUAAGUCAAGCUACAAACACUGAAAUCGUCAAAGUCAUCUUAGCAUUUUAUCCUCAUUUUCAAUUUACGCAAGCUGCGCAAGAAGAUCGCGAGCUUCUUCGGAUGAUAUUCAUUGAAAUGGUAGCCGGAAAUCUCAGACAUUUAGCUAUUCCAUCCCAGCUCGAUCUAAACUACUGCGAAAUUCCCCUCAGAGGACCCAUCUUUGCAACUCAAGAAUCUCCAAAACUUGCAGCCUCAAGUGCUGAUAUUGAUUUUGAUCGCACUGAACGAUUCACCCGCUCUAUUCUUGGAUAUCUGACGAUCGGCAAAUACCGCCUUGCGGGCAAAAGUCUCAUCAAAUUCGUCAAGGACUUCAAAUUUUUAAAUCAAGGUGAGAUUGACGAGAUUGAGGGCGCUCAUGCUCAUGCCGAAGAUGCUGUCCACAAUAGUCUCGUCUACCUCCAAAAAGGCCAGAGUUCGAUCGAACACAUUCAGCUUCUAUUACGCCAAUCCGAUGUCUCACAAAAAGAGCGCGCAGAGCUUGACGAGAAGCUCAGAAGUUCUAUAACUGCAUUAAGGUCGAAACAAAAGACGUUUGAUUGCGCUCUUGAAGAUGUUGCAUUCCUUCGGGCCUUGGCAGAUUAUCAUUGGGACAUUUUGCAAAAACAUCAAUCAGCCCCCCCGGAACCUUCUUCAGCUUCGGAUGAAGAACAAGGUUCCGCUCAACCUGGAAAGGCUUGA